UUAAUUGCUCAAUUAGAAAUGUGAGAUACUUUCCCCCCAUAAAAAAUAUGAUUUUUAAUUCGGACUCGGAAUGUACACUUUGGCCUUCGCAAAUCAUGUGAUUUGUAUUUUGACAGACGACGAAAAGCCUUUAAAGGCCAUGCAAGAAUGUCUGGUUUCUUUCAGUAUCUGGAGGAUCACAUUUAUAUCCCGAUCUUGGUUGGAAUCUUCCUCUUGUCACUGGUUUUUAUCCUGAUUUGGUUUUGCUGUAGAAAAAGGGACAGGUACUUGUACCAGCCACUGAACAACCCAGAUGUUGCGUUGUAUGAUCGAAUGUACAACAAUCAGAAGAAGGCGGAGGAAAAAGUACAAGAUGCAGCUUGGAUGAAUGCUCAAUAUUACCUAAGAUCUCAUUCACAAUUCAGCAAGCUUGAACAACUCAAUCAGCUAGGAAGUAGAUCUGAGAAGCAUUGGUUCCGCGUCAGCGAUCAGAGACAAAAAUUGGAGUGCCUCCUGAACACGUUUCCACGGCCCGAUAAAUGUCUAUUGGAGUUUGACCUCAAAACAAGGAAGAUGCUAAAGGACCUGUUUGACCUCCUCAGGCACCCUUACAUAUUUCCCAUGACAAGGUUUGACUAUGUAAUGGAUCAGAAUUUCGUGGUUAUCAUUCAGCCAGUCUCUGCCAAAGGAUCACUAAAAGAUGUUAUAUAUCAUAGUCGUUACAACACCCCGUGGUAUGAGAAGUAUCGAUUUAGGAGUCGUGGCCUGGGACUACAACAAGUGGCUGUGUAUGGGAAACAGAUUCUAGAGGGUUUAUUGUACAUGGAAGACAAAGAGUUCCCUCCCCACGGCCAUCUGCACACAGGGAACAUCAUGUUUGACAGCGGGGUCUGCAAAAUAGCAGGCUACGAGAAUGUUUUCCUCGGUUUGAAGUCCAGACUUUCUGUGAUGGCCAGGAAGAAAUUGAAAGAACAACCGGAGGCGAUUGAUGUCCUAUCAUUUGGGCAUGUGUUGUAUGAAAUGUGUGCAGGAACAGAACUGGACACUGUCCAUCCGGAACCUCGUCAUCUCAGCGUCAUUAACAAUGCUGCUGUUGUAUCGGUGCUGAAUUCUAUUUUUGGUGUGGACACUGGAGGAAAAUACCCAUCAAUCAAACAGGUGUAUGAGCUGAGCUUCUUCCGGGAGAUAAACUUAGGGGAGAUGAGUAGAUUCAAUCCUGCAAAGAUUCAUUUAUCCAAAGACAUGAAAAAAGCCAUAAAAAUUGUGAACUCGGGCAAACCACAAAAAAAAAAAUUAAAGAGAACAACCUCCUCGGCUAGAAUGGAACGAACAGACUCACGAUCCGUGCUGCACGGUGGUGGAUCCAAACCUCCUUCUCCACCCCCUCCGGGUGGGCCCCCAGUGGGGAUCCCACCUCCACCAGCUCCUCCACCCCCCACCAGCCCAGGCGGGCCUCCACCAGCUCCACAAGCACCACCACCAGCACCACCCGCCCCACCACCUCCUUCAGCUUCCUCUGGCAGUUCAAACGGGAGGUCAGCCCUGCUUGGUGAUAUUAGGACAGGGAUGAAACUGAAGAAAGCGGUAACCAACGACAGGAGUGCUCCUAAGGUGUGAGGUCAAGGUCGUGUGACAAAGGUCAACAACUCAAGGCCAAUCAGAUGUUAGUCAUCCAGUCUUCCCUUGUUGCCUCUGUGUAUUUGGAGUAUUUUAUUAAGUCUGUUCUCUGACAUUGAUAUUGAGAGAAACAAUGAUGAGCAUGUGUAUAUUGUCUCAUUUCAUAAUUAUGACAUUGUAAAUUUCAGGGUCAUUAGCUAUCAAUUUAGAAACAAGAAAUACAUGUAAGUUAAAAACACUGAAGUUGGGGCCACAAUGUUCAUCUUUAUUCACACUGAGAUUAUAUAACGCAGAUUUCUCUUAGACUUGGACAAACAAUACAGUGGAUUUAAGCAAUAUUCAACUUUUAGUGACUUUGUUGCACAUGUUGAAGCAAGAACGCCAAUUCAUGGUUGUGUUGAUUAUGAAAAUGUCAUAUAUAGAAGAAGUGCUUUAUCAUGAUAACACUGAAUAGUGCAUCAAAUUUUACUGCACCAAAUUUUAAAUAUACAAAUUAAGUUAAGAAUACAUACAGUGUUAUGAAUAUCUAAUAUACGUGUUUUAUAUGGUCAUACAACAUUGUGAUUUUAAUUGUUCUUAUUUAGCUCACCUGAGUGUUUUCUGAUUGAAAUCAUCCAUCUGUCUGUAAACUUUUAUGAAUCACAUAUUUUACUUCUUUUCAAGAACCACUUGGCCAAUUUCUACCAAACUUGAUGUAAAGCCUUCUUGUGUUGAAGGAAUGCCUGUUUUCAAGGAAGAUAAUUUUUUUAAAAAAUGAUGAAAAUGGAAUGAAGUGUUUAAAUAUCCUCAUUCUCAAGAACCACUAAACCAGAAAAGCAAAAACUUGCAUUGAAAUUUCUUUUUAGAAUGAAGAUUCAAUUCUAUUCAAACCAUGAUCCUUGAAGCCAGGUCUCUAAAAUUGUUCAUAGGAAUAUAUAGGACAAGUCUUUUUUAAGAUAUUCUCCAGAACCAUCAGAGUUUGUACAUGUAAGCAUCCCUCUAUAGUGUGGAUUAAGGUUGUUCGCUCCAUGCCCUCAGGGUCUUGGUGGGGUCACCAAAGGGGUAUACAAUUUUACACAAGAGUAGAAAACAAAAUCCUCAAAAAUCAUCUCAAGAACUAUAAGAUUCUUUUGAAAACCACUAGACUACAAUAUGUCAAAUUGAUGUGCAAGAAUUCUCAGUCAUGUAAAAUUUAUGAAAGUUUGCUUACACCCUGCCCCCUGUGGCCUGGGGGGAGUUGUUAACAAUGCAUGUUUUGCUUGAUACAGUGAAACACAUGCAGUUAUAGUGAACCACCAGGGCCAGUGAAAAAUGGUUCAUUAUAACCAAACUUCAUUAUACCCAACAACAUUGAAUUUUUUACCUGAUACAGUGAAACACGGUUAUAGUGAACCACCAAGUCCAGUGAAAAAUGGUUCAUUAUAACCAAACUUCGUUAUACCCAACAACAUUGAAUUUUUUAACUGAUACAUGGGAAAAUGUAACUGCAUGCCCAGGUGAGUGAUGUGACCCACGUGUCUCUUUUUUCUGCUCAAUGUUACCCAGUGCAAUAUUUUUAUGUUGUUGUUAUAUGUCAUUUGGAGGAUAUUUUCCCAGUUGUGAUUUACACAUUUGUGAACAGUUUGAGGAUAUUAUUUAAUUCUCUGUUUAUUAGGUUGUAAUUAGUUUUGACCUGUAUUAAAGAUAACUGAUGUUAUCAUUAUCAUCUAUGAUGUCAUAAUCAUCAUUCGGUGACAUCAUCAUUUUUGUUAUGCAAUUCAUUUUCAUUUUAUGACUACCAAUGUGUAUUUGCUUGAAUGAAUUUAGAAUUCGCUUCACGGGUUAUUCAAAGUCACUUACAUUUCGUAAGGUUUCAUUUCAUUUUUCUUCCUAUGUCACUGUUUCGGUCGAUAAUUGGAUGUACUAGUAAUAAGCACACAUACAUGUUGAGACUUACACUUACAGAUUUAUCAGAAAUUCUUCUCUGUCUAUAAAUAUUCAUUUUGCUCUUUGUGUACUCUCAAUGUGUUCUAUUCAUACGUUUUCAUAUACAAUGUACAUUAUUUUACACAAUUUUCAUGGGUGGAUUUCAAUAUAAAAAUAAGAAUAGUUGACACUUGAAACUUUAAGAAUUCGGUUAUCCACUUGUUACAGAAAAUGUUUUAUUACAGCAAUAAAGUAUACAUUGAA